AUGAGCAGUGAGCUGUCGAUAACUGCAUCGACAACUGCCAAGACGACCAGCACUACAACCAAGACUAUGGCCUCCACCGUGGCUACAUCUACUGCGACGUUCAGCCGUACGUCCACGUCGCGAGCAAACCUGGCCCGCCUCCCUAGCCUGAAGCAGCUCAGCGAUCGUCUUGGGCCCAAGGAGAACGAGAAGGUCGAGAAGGAGAAGGAAGCGAAGGAAGAGGAGAAGAGAGACAAGGAGCAGCAGAAACCCGCCCUCAGCGAGAUCACGACGAUCACCACCAACGUUCCCAUCGCUGCGCCUACCCCCGUCGUUGGCUCACGCCUGAAGCUCCCGGCCAGCGCCGUUGCUCGCGCCAAUCUGUCCCCCGACGGGUCCAGGACGAAGAAAGAGGGUCAGGUGCAGAAGUCAUCCUCCGAGAAGACCGUGAAGGCCUCGCAGGACGGCAAGCAAGCUGGGUCUCAGCCGCUGAGCAAGUCUAUCUCAAGCACUGCAGAGCCCCUUGCGCCGACUAAGACCCCCGAGCCCGCUGCCGACGCCUCCGCCGCCGGGUCGCAAGUCACUAUUCACGAAGUCAAGGCCUCUGAUGAGGGCGAUCAGCAGGAUGAGUUGCCCGCCGCCCCGGCCGACGCAACGGAUAGCAGUGCCGCUAGCAACGGGGAGAAGAAGGAGAACGAUGACUGCAAGGACGACACGCAGGUCAAGGACAAUCAGGGGAAGCCCGACGCUCAUCGCACUGUUCGUGCCUUGGGUAUGGGACGCCCUGGAGUGCCCUCAACGCCGCCUCCCCGCAGCGACUCGGUGGUGCCCGAUAUCGUCGUGCAGUCAUCAACCCCAGGCAAGGGUGAAGUCUCUGAGGAGACCGAGAAGCCGCAGAUCCCCACUAAUGCCAGGACGCUCUACUAUGACUCCAAGACAUACAAGCCUGAGCCCUCCAAGAAGAAGGCGGAUCUGUUGAACCCUUGGGAGGCUUCGCUUCUUCACGUGGGCACGUUCGACACCGUCGAGGGCUUUGCGCGUCACAUGAACAACAUCCGCCUCCCGAGCGGCCUCGGAAAGGGCGCCAACUACCAUCUGUUCAAGGAUGGCAUCAAGCCGCUGUGGGAGGACCCUGCGAACAAGAACGGUGGCAAGUGGGUCAUGCUCGUGCGCGGCCAGCAAUCUCUCAUCGACUCAAUCUGGUCUAACCUCUGCAUGGCGCUCGUCGGACAGGUCCUAGACCCGUUGAACAGCGUGUGCGGGAUCGUCGUCUCGGCACGCCCCAAGAUGGACCGCGUCCAGGUCUGGACCCGUGGCCGUGACGACUACCCUGCCUUGAAUGCCCUCGCCAACCGCAUCAUGUCGGCCAUGGCCCUCGAGCCCCGUGAACUGGACGGGAUCUCGCUGGAGUUUAACCCCGGAGACAACAUCAACGACAGCAAGCUGCUCCGCAUCACGCCCAACACCCGAUCCGCCUCCGUCGCCAGCUUACCGACCGAUAGUCCCCGCCCGCGCAACAAUCGCCUGCCUAGCACGCCGGUCAAUGGCUCGCCCGUGAUGAUGAACGCGUCCAUGCCGCUGCCGUCCCCUGUGCCCCGAGGCGUGUCGAGCAGCUUGCCCCUGCGUCGCACCAGCUCGGGCCCCGGCGCCAACCCCGGGAACAGCAACCCAUUCGCGGGUCCUCUGGGUGUCGUUCGCGGUAGUCGACUUGGAAACGCGACAAACUAA